GACAGCAUUGUUAUUGUUGUUGUGGACUUAAGCUUGCUAAUACUGUCUAGUGGUGAUGGAGGCUGUAGUAUGGGUAAAACAUUAUUGAAUGCCACUGGAGCGUAAAUGUAAUCUAUUUUACUUUUAGGCAACGGUUUACUUGUAGUAUUUCUUCAGUCGCAGAUUCGUAUUCUUUACAGUAGCUACCCUAGUUAACGUUAAGAAAUGUAAUGUUAUCAGUUUAACCAGAGUAGCAAAUUCGCUGGAAUUAGCUAAGCUAGGUCAUAACGUUACUGUAGCCUCUAUCGCUGCAAACAGGUAAUCACGUUCUACACAUUACAUCAACGCUAAAUUGUUAACUUGUUUGCUAGUGUUAUUGUGCUGUGCGUGGAUAGAAAAUGGCAAAUCUUUGCCAAAAGAGCAAGUUAAGCCAGGAAUCAGAGGGAACCACGAAAGAGGACAUUCAGGGAGGCAUAUGCCGAUAAAAACGGAGGAAAGGAGAAUGAUUUCGAGAUACACCAGGCGUCCCGUAUCCCACAGUCUUGAGAUUCGUGGCUUAUCUCGAAGCAGUCUUGACCAUCACCCUCUCCCAGAGGAGGUAGAUGAUGAAUACCUCCCCCAGCACUUACUCCAAGACCUUCAGGAAGCUGUCUCGACUUACAACAGCUCGGAGACGACGUCUGCGGGCUCCGGCCGGUCGGACUGCUUAACAGUCACCACUGGGGACACAACGCGGUCCUGGUCUGGGAUCCACAGCUACACAGGGACAGGCAUCUCUACAGAGAGGAGCUCUGUCUUUUCCUGGGGCUACGAUGAGUUUGACAAGGCCGCGUCACGACAGGUGCAGCAGAUGUUUGAGGAGAUUGACGAGGAGCUUUACGAGGGGCGCGGUGGGGAGCAUCUACGGGGGCUGCAGGACGAGUGUCAUCAGUGGGCAUUCAGGUUCCCUCAUCUACGGAUUCUGGGUAGUCAGCUGCUGUGUCCGAGUGACGAGGGCUUCCGGUGGUACUCCACCUCAGGGAAAAGUCCACCUGCCGGCAGCAUCGACGCGGCCGGACAGCAGGACAUCAGGAGAUGCGUGCCUGAAGAUAAGGACAAGAUCGGCCCCAGCACAGAUCUGUGUGUGCAAGGCAGGAAGGCUGUGCUGUCCAGGUCGUGUGUGGAAGCAGACCAAGCAGACCAAGCCCCUGGUACACCCAGUGGUCAUGACAGGUCCAGGGUGAUUGAAUCUGAAGGCCUCGUGGAGGAGUAUCUGGCCUUUGACAGCAGGGACCUGGAUGACGAGUUGGAUCUGACGGGUGUGGGAUUGGGCCAGCGGCGGUGUUGCCUGCCUCCGGUGUCUCCCUACCGCUGUCGUAGGCAGGCCGUCCUGGACCUGCUGUUUGACGAUGUGUGGCGAGAGCUGGUUGGCUGGAUGGAGGAGCUAGUCCGCAGGCACUGGGAGGGCUGUGUCUCAGAUGAAGAGAAGAAUGCCGUGAAUUUCAGUCCAUCCCAGUCAGACGCUCAGAACCGUUUCCUACUGUCCGCCCUGCCCACCCUCCUCCCCAGGCUGGGCCAGAGCAAAGUGCCCCAGCUAACAAGCCUACCAGCCCAGACCACAAAAUCAAGGGGCUCAAAGCACAAGUACAGACGGAAAUCCAAAAAGCAGACAAGGCCAUCCACUUCCAUCCGGGUUCCAGUAGGGACACCAGGGACUCAUCACAACCUCAACGACCUCAUAGUGAUCCAUGGAAUUCCCCUACAGCAGAGGAACCUAUGUGUGAUGGAGAGAGCCCAGGAUCCUGAGGAGAGGACGGCUGGCCAUCGGCCGGGCUCCAGUGUCGUACUGUCCAAGCCCCGUCCUCGCCGGGUGCUAGAGCAGAGCUCCUCUUCCCUCUCCCGCCCGCCUCAGUCGGCCCAACGGCGUAACCUGCCCCCACGCACCCUCCUUCCUUUGGCUCCCAGCCUGACGCAGUCUAGCCCUGCCGGCUCCUUGGACGGUGGCGUCCGCGGGACGCGCCUACACACGGCCAAUGAGCGCCUGGCCUCUCCUCCCAUGCCUCUGAGCAGUCACACCCUCCUUCCCCCCAUCAGCACAGGAGAAGCUGAAUCCACCCAUUCUAGACUGCCCUUCAGACCUACUCAGUGGCAUCGAGGUUCGUCCAGUCGUGCCCACAGUGCUGUGACAGAUGAGGCUGGUAGCUUGCUUCCUCGCGAUCGACUUCAUCAGCUGGAUGUGUUCUCCCGGCCGAACACCACCCACACCUACAGGUCAGACACCCCUUACCGGCGCUCUUUCACGAUGCUGGACAGCGUUGGACAAGGACGUCCUGGCAGGGCAUCUGUGGGCACAGACUCUCUGGGUAUUGGAGUGACGGGCAUCAGUAUGGGCAUUAGUAGCUCCUCCUUCCUGGACUCCUUCACCCAUCACCCCCUCGACCACUCCCCUAUCGAGGACGAGGAAGAGCCUGACAAACUUGCCCCUCCUCCAGCUCUUCCGGUGCCCGUGUCAGUCCCGUUACACUCUCACCACCGUGGGGGUUUCUCCUGCCGCAGUAGCAGACCUGGGUUGUAGCUCCUCCACCUCGCCCCACUCCGCCUCCUCCAACCAAACUGGUUUCGGCACAGCCUGGGUGCAAUGCCCUGCUGCCGCUCCCAGGGGUGCCCUCAAACAAACAUUUUAUAAGCUCACAGCAACUUUUGUACAAUGUACUUUUUGGUGGUAUUAUUUAGUGCUUUUCGUUUUUCUAUGGCCCUUCUUUUAUAUGUUGGAACUCUCAGCUUGCCUGGCUGCCAAAGACAGUAAACUGUCUCCUUCACCAAUCUGUAUGUAGGUAUUUAGUAUUUACAGUGUCCUGUAUGCACACUACAGGUAGUCGCCAAAAUAAAGGAAACACCAACAUGAAGGUGUAAUAAGGGUUUUAUGCACUGCAACCUGAAAAUAGUAGAUGUUUUUCCCUCAGACUUCCAUUCCAGCAUCACCGACUGUUUCUUAUUUAAAUUAAGAAUGUACCCUAAGCUCACUCAACAGCUACAUUUAAAUGUUGCUUUUUGUAUUGCUCAAAUGGUUAGAACAUUGUGAAAGUGGCAAAGCAGAGGAUAAUUGGUUUCUGCCCUGCUGGAACACUUUGGUACGCACAAUGGAAUGGGCGAUACUGUUGGCCGCAGCUCAUUUAUGUUGGUUUCAGUCGUGAAACAUGAGCAAGUGAAGCAGGGUUCAUCUCUGAAGCUCCUGCUGAAUGGGUCCCAACAAUCUCCCCACUUUCCAAGUCACUGAGAUCACUUCUAGCCAUUGUAGAAAAAAUUAUGUCAGAUUUAUACAAGAUGUUACUUGCUUAACCACACCUGUAGUAUCACAUGCUUUCAAUAUGCUUUAUGUCCCUCAAUUGUGUUUCCUUUAUUUUGGCAGUUAUAUAUAGUGUGAAUGUAUGUUUGUAUGUUUUAUGAAUGUAUAUUAGCAUUUAUUCUCUCUGACCUAUCGCUCAAUUAUUCUAUGCAGGGAAUGGCAAGUCCAUCCAAACAGGGAGGGGGAAAAAGCAUUUUGCACACUGACAUUCUAGGUCAGGCUGUUUUGUAUUUAAUUCAUGGACGUUACUUUUAUUUUCCCACCUAAAAAAGACAUGCACAAAACCACUGGAUUUCACAGGCGUUAACAGGAAGCAACAAGACAAGCUUUAGACAGCAACUGAAUUGGUAGGUAUUUGGUGUUUUCCUCACAAGCCGUUUAGUAAUGAGGGCUUAGUAUAAGCCACUGGAGGCAUGUGAGGGAAUAGAAGGGCUGUAUUAGUACUGACACAAUUCACCUCAUUGCAGUACAAGCCAUAUGCUGCUUCCAGCCGAAACACUAGCUAAGCCCAGGUAAUUUAAAUAGAAAUAAGCAUAGGGUAACUAGGGGACGUGUACUGGAAAGUGCCAAAAUAAAGUGAUGAACUAUUGUAAAGAUGCAACAUCUUUCAUCCAUGAGUAGUUCCUUUGGGGUUUUGCUGGCUGUGUUUAAAGCUGUCUCAGCCACUGCCCAUAAUCUCUCAUAAGUGUGCAGUUGGGCCACGGCAGCAUCAGCAGGUUGAGCAGUCUGUCCCUGGAGCUCCUGCCAAACUUGGCUCAACAACGCCCCUCUUCCAAUGCCACAGAUCUAUUCUAGCCAAGUAAAGGGCACCUAUCUGAAAGCACCUGUUUUAAAUAUACUUUGUAUCCUUCAUAUACCCAAGUGAUUACUUUAUUUUGGCAAUUACCGUCAAAAAAAUUCAAUUGCAUAAAUGUAGGCGACUCAGGUAUUUUCGGCACAAUAUUUUGGAAUAAUUGCAGUGUACUGCUGUUAUAUACAAAUAUUUUUUUUUUUUCUAAAGGGCUCAUGUUUUGAUCCAACUUGAAGUUAACUUCUACCUUGUCUGUACCUCAAGGUUUUGGGCAGAACAAGGUAGAUGUUUUCUACUUAAUAUAUGUACUGAAUCUAUUGUGUGCUGACCCAAGUUAUAAUGUCUCCCCUACUGUCACACAGGCAGAUUUCCAUUGAUCCUGGUUUAUUUGGCAAAUGUUGCAAUAAAAUGGCAAAAUCAUUUGAUAUUUUCUAAAGCCUGAAUAAAAGUUUAGCAGUUCAA